AUGGGCAUUGGCGACAGGAAGAUCCAGAGCUGGCUGUCAGAUGCGCUACUGGUGAUCGCAGCUCCUGUUCUUGCAUACUACCUCGCCCGCCAAAUCCUCACACGACUCGAUCCAGACUCUGGCGCUAAAGCCGAAGCACAUCAGAAGGCUAUCCAAGCUUCUCAAAGACUACAGAGCAUCUUCUCGAAUCACGAGCGGGACGAGGAAGACGACCAUGCAUACGAUUCGGAAGAGGAUGAGCGAGGGGCAUACCGCGAGCGACCACGAAAGCAGGACCUCAACCUCACAGCAUACGAGCAGACAAUAGCUAUGGAAGUUGUCAGUCCUCGGGAUAUCCCUGUAACAUUCGACGAUAUAGGUGGACUAGACAACAUCAUAGAAGAGCUGCGGGAGAGCGUGAUCUACCCCUUGACGAUGCCACAUCUCUAUGCCAACCACUCAUCCUUACUCACGGCGCCAAGUGGCGUAUUACUCUAUGGACCUCCGGGAUGUGGCAAGACCAUGCUUGCGAAGGCUCUGGCUAGAGAAUCAGGCGCAUGCUUCAUCAACCUUCACAUCUCCACCCUCACUGAGAAGUGGUAUGGCGAUAGUAACAAGCUCGUCGCUGCCGUCUUCUCACUCGCUCGCAAACUCCAGCCCACAAUAGUCUUUAUCGAUGAGAUCGACGCAGUGCUGGGACAAAGGAGAUCAGGAGAACACGAGGCAAGCGGGAUGGUGAAAGCGGAGUUCAUGACGCACUGGGACGGGCUGGCGUCUUCGACAACAGAGGGUGGCUCUCAAAGGAUAUGUAUCCUUGGAGCCACCAAUCGCAUCCAAGACAUCGACGAAGCUAUCCUGCGGCGCAUGCCCAAGAAGUUCCCCAUAUCACUACCCAAUGCGGCGCAACGGCGGCAGAUCUUCGAGUUGACUUUACGGGACACAAAGAUCGAUGGAAGAUUGUUGAGGAAUGCCGAGCCGUCGUUCAACAUCAACACGUUGGUGAAGAUCAGCGCAGGGAUGAGUGGGAGUGACAUCAAAGAGGCAUGCAGAGAUGCUGCGAUGGUGCCGGUCAGAGAAUACAUCAAGACUGCGAAAGCGUCCGGAAAGAGUAUGAACAGGAGUAUCAAGGGCGAUGCCGUGCGAGGGCUGCAGACAGACGACUUUUUCAACCGAAACGCCGGUGUUAAGCAACUACAGGUGAACGAGCCCGACGAGGCUGGGAGUGCAGGAAGUGGCAGCACGGAAGACGUUGAGGACUUUGGCGAUGUCGAGGAGGUGGUUGAUCCUCAGAGGAGGUGA